AUGCCGGAGACCGCCUACUAUGAAGGCCUCUUGCUUUCGGCUGGCAUACUUAUCAUCGUUUGGAAGGCAUGGAGGAGGACUUGGGAGGGGCAUAUCAGGCCGUCUGGCGAGGAGAAUCCGGCUGUCAUUCUUUCUGGGCCAGAUCAUCAAGGAAGGGCUAGAGAUACUGAGGUUGUGGAGGCGGAGGUUAGAGAGAUCAAGGUGGGAAAUACUGCCUUUGAAGAAACACGAGUCAGAGAGAUGGAGGCUGGAGAUGCCGAGAAGCGCAAUUCAUACGAAAGAGAAGCCGCGGAAGGUUACUGA